AUGGUAAAGAAGCAUCUGAAUCCUACCAAAAUUGAUUUCAUUCAAUGUAUUGUUGAGGAUUGUCUAUGGCAAAUACGAGAUACAAAAUAUGUUGAUAUUCCUGAUUUAGUGACAGCGUGGUCGGUUGAUAUUAACCCUAAGGAGAGCAAGUCUGUGAUUCCAUUCGUACGAAGUAUUCAAGACCUUGAUCCUCAGUCAUUUCUACAUGUGAAGCGAAUUAAAAAAGUGGACAAUAGUACUCUAAGAGUACUAAUUGGAUCAUCAGAAUUCCUUCCUGAUAGACAAGCAUUUGAUGAACUAAUGGCAAAUGUGAGUUUCCGCUAUGAAAACGUGAGAGACGAUAACAAGGUACCAAAGAUAGGUCCUUCGACAAAAACAUUGAUGCUUACUUGGAGUGAAAAAUACUGGCCAUUGGUAUGGAGAGGAAAUCCCAAUGAUCAAAUACUAAACGACUAUAUAUUUGAUAUGAAAGAAAUACGGUCGAUAUUGUCACAAAUAGCAGAAGAAUCAAGAAAGGUAAUGAAAAAUGCUGGAAAUGAGGAAGUUCCAGUGGUUUCGGCGUUUGUAAAUCCCAAAUCAGGGAGAGUAAUCAUAUCAAAUGAUUACAGACAUAGUAGAUCACCUUUGGAUCAUAGCAUUAUGGUUGGUAUAAACGAAGUUUCCAAGCUUGAACAAACCAGAAGGAAUAGAGUUCGAGAUGGAACGGCAUCUCAAGAAGAGCUAGAGCAAGGAGAAACUUACCUUUGUCUUGACUUUGAUGUAUAUACCACACACGAACCUUGUUCCAUGUGUAGCAUGGCAUUAAUUCAUUCGAGGAUUAAGCGCUGUAUCUUUAUAAAUCCGAUGAAAGGAAGCGGUGCACUAAAACCUGAGUCCGGGAACGGCUACUGCAUGCACUCUAAUAGAGAAUUGAACUCUAAAUAUGAAGUGUUCCAAUGGGUUGGUGAAGACUUACAAGUUCCCGACGUUGACCCGCAAUUGUGUGCAUAA